AUGCCUAAGGGUCGUCGCCUACCUUCAGCAGAACAGAGCCAAAUUCUAUCGCUUCGUCAGGCAGGCCAUAGCAACAAGGCCAUCGCGGGACAAUUCGCCCGUUUCAGACGCUGCAUCGAUGGUUUCGUGAAGAAUCCUGCGGCAUACGGUCAAGCAUACGGAGGAGGACGCCCACUCAAAUUGAUACGAGCCGACCACAGACGGGUCGCUAGAUUGACUUCCAAUUCAACCAUGAGUGCCAAUCAGAUUCGUGCACGACUUUCUUGUCGACUUCCACUGUAUUGCGAGCUAUUCGUCGCCAAAUAUUCUUGA